CCACCCGCUCGGCAACCACAUCAAGAUGGUCCGUUACGCUGCUCAGGACAUUCCCGCCGCUAAGAGCGCCCGCUCCCGGGGCUCUUACCUGCGUGUCUCUUUCAAGAACACCCGCGAGACCGCCCAGGCCAUCAACGGCAUGAAGCUCCAGCGCGCCCUUACCUUCCUCACCAAUGUCACUGAGAAGGCCGAGGCCGUCCCCAUGCGGAGGUACGCUGGCAGCACCGGUCGCUGCGCCCAGGGCAAGCAGUGGGGUGUCUCCAAGGCCCGCUGGCCCGUCAAGUCCGCCCAGUUCCUCAUCGACCUCCUGAAGAACGCUGAGGCCAACGCCGACACCAAGGGUCUCGACACUGGCAACCUCGUUGUCAAGCACAUCCAGGUCAACCAGGCUCCCAAGGGCCGCAGACGUACUUACCGUGCCCACGGUCGUAUCAACCCCUACAUGACCAACCCUUGCCACAUCGAGCUCAUCCUCACCGAGGCUGAGGAGCAGGUCCAGAAGGCCGUCGUUGCCAAGGAGUCUCACCUCAGCUCCAGACAGCGUGGUGCUCAGAUCCGCCGUGCCAUCCAGGCAUAAGCGGUCUGUAGGUGUCGGGGGAAGUAAAGUGGUCAGAUACUGAAAUGGGAAUGCCGGAGUUUGCUGUACGGAUCCAAUACCUGGUCACGGAAGGAAUACAAAAGAAAUUAUUACUUUUUUGACAAAUGGAAAAAAUUCGAAACCACCCGGCGAGACUGAUGACGAUGUUCCUACUGUUUCCGAGGCGUCACUAUGCGUCUCUAGGCAUUGAUCUCUUCCCCGGAUUUCUGGUUCACCUGGACUUUUUUUCAUUUCUGGCGGCCGGCCCAUAGCUGGUGCCGAUCGAACGAGUCCAGGGAUUUCCUCCGCACAUGGACGGAUGGCGUGCUUCAGUACGGCUUGUUCGGACAUUCUCAUACUUCAGGACACUUUGAGCGUUAAUUCAUGAUCGGAUACGGAAUUCAUUUUUCUUUCAUG